AUGUUGGACUCUGGUGACUGCGUGCUGUCCUUGGACAGUCUGUUUUUUGAGAAACCAACUGUCCUUAAAGUAAAGCCACUGCAUCAGGAGAUCAGUCCAUGGCAACUUGAAGCAUCUCUAUCACUUUCUCAGAUUCCAGCUACUCAAGAUAUGCAGGAGGAGGCAAAGUCUACACUAUACAGUUUCUCUCAGACACCCAGGAAAUUCCUUCCUCCCUUCAAAGGAUCAGCUGGCCUGAAGGUCUUACCAUCAAAAAUAAACAGCCCCUUUGGUUACACAGAUGAUGAGAAAGAGAUUGAAAGUCAGGUGGCCGGCAGCAGCACUGGAAGAUGUGAUGGUCUUUGGGAAGGCAAAGAUUUCAGGGAUUACUGUCAGGGUGCCUGUGUGAAAAGCAUAGUUGGAGUGGAAAUGCCACAGGCCACUGGUCAUGCAGUUGUCAGCAGGAGAUGUUUGUCUCUGGACCCACCUGUACGGAGAAGCUUGUUCAAGGUUCAGGUGUUAAACAAUGGAGGUGACUCGUCGAACACAGAUGACCUCAGUGGCAGCAGCCAGACAGCAUCCAGACCUCAAACUUUUCUCAGUCAGGUUACCAUGGCGACUGCACCUCCUCCUCCCCCUCCUCCUCUUCAGCUGCCACGGGCGACAGUUAGCCAAGGAGCUCCUCCUUUCAACCCCCAGCCCCCCUUCUCACCCCCUCCUGUGGGCUCAUCUGCAGCGAGUGGCCGACCCCCGCUGCAGGCAGCACAUGCUGAGAUGCAGGACAAGGGCACAAAGAAAGCCUUCGUCCCGCCCAUGACGCCUCAGCCGCUCUGCAUACAAGGGUCUUCUGAGUCUGGAGUAUUGAGACCAGUUUCUGAAAUCCCAGCUAAAUUCAGAUCCGUCUUCUGUGACUUCCCCUAUUUCAACUACAUUCAGUCCAAAGCACUGGAUGAUGUUCUUUACACAGAUAAGAACUUUGUGGCAUGUGCUCCGACUGGAUCCGGUAAAACUGUGCUGUUUGAGCUGGCCAUCAUUCGUCUGCUAAUGGAAAUGUCAGAGCCUUGGAGAGAUGUCAAAGCUGUCUACAUGGCCCCGAUCAAAGCUCUGUGUAGUCAGUGCUUUGAAAGCUGGACGAAGAAGUUUGGCCCUUUGGGGCUGAGUUGUAAGGAGCUAACGGGUGACACAGAGAUCGAUGAUUUCUUUGAGAUCCAGGACUCCCACAUCAUCCUGACCACCCCUGAAAAAUGGGACAGCAUGACAAGAAAAUGGAAGGACAACUGUCUGUUACAGCUGGUCAGGCUCUUUCUUAUUGAUGAGGUUCAUGUGGUGAAGGAUGCAACACGUGGUGCCACUCUGGAGGUGGUGGUGAGCAGGAUGAAGGCUGUCCAUACCUACAGGACAGCACAGAACCCAGAGAAAGACCUCUCUAUGAGGUUUGUGGCUGUAUCAGCCACCAUACCCAACAUCUCUGAUAUAGCAGACUGGCUUUCUAAUGAGAGUGGUCCAGCCACAUAUUUGGACGUGGACGAGAGCCAUCGUCCUGUGAAGCUGAGAAAGGUGGUGCUGGGAUUCCCCUGUAGCCCCAACCAAACAGAGUUCAAGUUUGACCUGUCGCUCAACUACAAGAUGGCCAAUGUCAUUCAAACAUACUCUGACCAGAAGCCUGCAUUAGUGUUUUGCUCUACAAGGAAAGGAGUCCAACAGUCAGCUACUGUUUUGGCUAAAGAUGCUCGUUUCAUUAUGAGCAUUGAACACAAGCAGAGAUUGAUGAAAUAUGCUAACUCUAUACUGGACUCAAAACUAAGAGAUCUGGUGAUGUUAGGUGUGGGUUUCCAUCAUGCAGGAGUUGAUAUGGGUGACAGGAAGUUGAUAGAACAGGCCUUCACUCUGGGCGACCUGCCUGUCCUCUUUACUACCAGGACUCUGGCUAUGGGCGUGAACCUUCCUGCUCAUCUUGUAGUCAUCAAGUCCACUAUGCAGUACGUGUCUGGCUCCUGUGAGGAGUACAGUGAGGCCGACCUGCUUCAGAUGAUAGGAAGAGCUGGACGACCACAGUUUGACACAUCAGCGACUGCAGUGAUCAUGACCAAGAUGCAAACCAAAGACAAAUACACAAAACUGAUGAAUGGUGUGGAAAUCAUCGAGAGCAGCUUACACAGUCACCUGGUGGAGCACCUGAAUGCUGAGAUUGUCCUCCAAACCAUCAGUGAUGUCAACAUGGCUCUGGACUGGAUACGCUCUACCUUCCUCUACAUCAGAGCUCUGAAGAACCCCACACACUACGGUUUCUCUGCUGACUUAGACAGAAAUGGAAUUGAAGCAAAAUUACAAGAACUGUGUCUGAGGAAUCUAAAUGCUCUGUCUUCCCUCGAUCUCAUUACCAUGGACGACGAUAUCAACAUCAAGCCAACAGAGGUUGGCAAGUUGAUGGCGAGGUACUGUGUUGCCUUUGACACCAUGAAGCAGUUCAGCAAAGUGGCCGGCACUGAGAACCUGUCUGACCUGAUCGAGUUAGUGUCAAAGAGCAAAGAGUUCAGCGACAUUCAGUUAAGAAUGAAUGAGAAGAAGCCUUUAAACACUUUGAACAGGGACAAGAACAGAAUCACAAUCAGAUUUCCACUGGAGGGAAAGAUCAGAACUAGUGAGAUGAAAGUAAACUGCUUGAUCCAAGCUCACUUAGGCUCCAUCUCAGUCCCAGAGUUUGGACUCACACAGGACACAGCAAAGAUCUUUAGGAAUGGGAUGCGCAUCAGCAGAUGCCUCUCAGAGUUCCUGGCUCAGACAUCCAAGAAGGCUUUCUCUGUUCUGCUCAACUCCCUGAUCCUGGCCAAAUGCUUCAAAGCCAAACUUUGGGAAAACUCGCCUUUUGUUUCCAAACAGCUUGAGAAGAUAGGCCAGACCCUAUCUACUGCCAUGGUGAAUGCUGGACUCACUACUUUCAGCAAAAUAGAGGAAAUCAAUCCCAGAGAACUUGAGCUGAUUCUCAACAGACAUCCCCCAUUUGGCAAUCAGAUCAGAGAGUCUGUCACACAUCUCCCAAAGUAUGAAGUCACUCUGGAGCAGCUCCCAAGGUACAGCUGUACCAUGGCUGAAGUAGUGAUGAAGGUGAACCUUAAAAACCAAGCCCAGCUCCUGUCCAGGAGAACUGCUCCUGACCAUCACUAUGUCACUCUGAUUAUUGGGAACUCUGAUAACGCCGUGGUCUUCCUGCAGAGAAUCACGGACACGGUGCUGUUGAAAUGUGGCAGCUGGUCGAAGAAGAUUGAGGUAACAAAGGCAUCGAAAGGAGAGGAAAUCAGCGUCAACCUCAUCAGCUCAGAAUAUGUGGGUCUGGACAUCCAGCACAAAUUCAACGUGUACUACUCCAAAGCCAGGAGGUUUAAAACUGAUAAUGUGUAUGACACAUCAUAUGAUCCUACUGAACAGAGCUCGCAGUCCUCUGCACUGAAUCCACAGCCUCCGGUUCAGGCUGCAGCUCAGAAGGAAAACCUCAUAUCUGCCACAGACUCAGGCAACAAAAGACAUUGCAACCAUCUCUGCAAGAAGAAGGAUCUCUGUGCGCACGACUGCUGUAAAGUAGGUGUAACUGUUGCACGGAAGAGGCCAUCAAAUCAAGAAUCCAGUUUUUCUUCCUAUUUGGAUGACCUGAAGAGUAGGAGCAACACGCUUGCACAGACUCCUGUCAAACGACUCAAGAUAAGAAUGAACCAGGAGUCUAGGUCCAUCAACAUCCAAGAGUUUUCUUACAAACCCAAAGAGAGACUACCUCCUGUUUCCAGUUAUGGAAGAAGUUUGUAUGAAGCUUCAGUUACACCUCAGUCUGAGACUGUUGACCUGAUUAGAGACGACUUCCCUCAACUGCCAGAGACAGUUUAUCUCGACGAUGCUGACCGCGAUUAUACUGACUACCUGUUGGACAUGACCGAGAUGGAGGGACCUCUCCUAACACCUGCAGUGUCUCACACUCACCAUCAAAGUUCCUCAGUCUUGAUGAACAGAGAACGUCAGACCCACAGGCACCUUCCAAACCAGAUCAAUACAACAAGCUCGUCUUACUCAAAGAGGUCAUCUGCCAUGUCAAACCAGUGUGCUCCCCGUGAAAACACAUCAAACUCACACAUACCCACUGUGAGCUUUGACCUUGGAAAUGAAUGGGACGACUGGGGCGACUUUGAUGACGAGAACUUGGUGCAUGCCAGUGAGACAUCCAUCGUCUCACAUGCUACUAAUGCUGAACCUCCAAUCCAGAAGUCUGUUGGCUAUAGCACACCAGGUUUCACAGCUGGAUCGACACCAGGUUUCCACAAUUAUUCACAAACCAAACAGUCUGCUGUCAUCUCUCCCAGAACACCCUUGGGGUCAAUUUCACCCAUUUUAAAUCCUAAAAUCAGAAGACCAGGACCCUCACCAGGAGUCACAUUUAGACCACAGAAGAGGAUCACACUUGACAGGAAUAAGCAGAGACACGUCUUCAGUGAAGAGAUCACUAUGAAAACACCAGAAAAUCCCCCCAAAUGGAGCAAGACUCAUUGGGCCCCACUCGCCAGGUUUGAUUUCUUCUCAUCAAUAAGUGACCAAGCUGACACCAGUUCGUCUGUCAAUGGAAGUACCAACAACAAGGAAGAGGAAGCAUUCAUUGGAAUAUUUGAUGGCAUAUUUUAA